GGCAGAAGUGUGAACUUUGGCUCUGCGGAUGUGUCUUUACUUUGGCCGAUGUCUUGUUAGGAGCCACCCUGCACCGCCUCAAGUUUCUGGGACUCUCUAAGAAAUACUGGGAGGACGGCAGCAGACCCAACCUACAGUCCUUCUUCAACAGGAUACAGAAGCGCUUCGCCUUCAGGAAAGUGCUGGGGGAUAUCCACACCACGCUCCUCUCAGCAGUGGUUCCCAACGCCUUCCGGCUGGUCAAGCGGAAACCUCCCUCCUUCCUCGGAGCCUCCUUCCUGAUGGGAUCUCUGGGGGGAAUGGGAUAUUUUGCUUAUUGGUACUUAAAGAAAAAAUACAUCUAGUGCUGGCUGCUUGGUGUUUAGUUUGGUGUCUGUGUGCUGUGUGAAAUUAUGAUGAAGCCUCAGUAACUGUAAUGAAAUUUGAAGCAAGGUAAUGAAUAAUUCUAUUGUUUAAUGUAACAUUCCAUAGUCUAGAAUUAGAAACGUAUACUGCAAGGAAAUAAGACAACAGCAACAACAAAAACGCGUCAACGUGUAAAUGCCUUUUUUAGGUUUAAGUAUUCAACUCCAGCGAGAGGCUCAGAGGUUCAUGGGCUCAGCCAUGCCCACUGGGAAGCACUUCUGGCACCGGCCGGCUCCAGUGGGAGACAGGGGAACCCCAGGAAGUUUCCCAAUGCCCAAGUUAACUACCGGGACUUGGAUUCUUGGAUCUGUACGUUUGCGUUUCCAAAUUCUUCACUGGCCAUAUUUCACACAGGCAGGUAGUGGGGACUUUCUUCUUCUACAAGAUGUUGUGCUGUCGUGCUCAGAGGUUUCCUGGGAGCUGGGUGCAGUAGUUGGUCGCGGUCGAGGUGGAUUUGUGCUCUUCAAGUUUCCAUUUUUUAAAUUAUUUUCCUUAAAAGGAAUAUUUUUUAUUGAGCUGCUUUUAGAACGUGUCCACUUUCUACGUCUGGUUUUGGUGGGCUUUUUUUUAAAGACUUCAAUGUCUGUCUUUAACUGCCACACUUUUUUCCUGAGCUAAAUAAUUUUGACUUCCAUCCUGAAUUUGGAGAUUAUUUUUUUAAGCCUUUUGGUUCUGUCUCUUGAGUUUUCCUUCAUGAGUUUGCAAAGCAUCUUUCACCGACUGAGCAUAUCUGGACUCUGAAAAAGUACGAGCAUUUUCAGAACUUUUCAGCACUUUCCUGAAGGCACUUUGGCUUUCUCUUCCAUCGGGGGCUCUUUUCUGGCAUUUCCUCGCUGUGUGUUUCCUUAGAGACACUUUGCACAGAAUCACAUUGAUGACUUUCUUGUGCCUUUUGCAUGUUGGAAAGAAUAACGGGCCUCACUGCUACUCAUGCUUUGAAAACUGAGAUCCUCAAUAAACCUUAUGGGAGGAGUAA